ACCCCUUUUCACUUUCCCAGAGCUCAUUUAUUUUUGAAGUGAACGACAACGACAGUGACACUGAAACCGACAGGGACGAGGGACGCCGCUGACAAGCAGGUUACAGGGUGGAUGAAGGGCAGAAGAGUUGUGGAAUCUGAUAGAUUGUUCGCGUCAUGUCCCUCAAGAGCCUUGGGGUUGACGUCGCCGAGGCGCAACGAAUUUGCGAUUCUUUGAAAAACGUGCACUGGCCCUCCACAGAUGUAGUAUGGCUGAAGCUCGAUGACGAUGACGCUCGAACAGAUGCUCUCGUUGGGCAGGUGGACAUUAAUGAAUUAAAAUUGUUUGAACUUCAGAACUUGAAAACCAAAUUACUGGAGAUAAGCCAAAAAAAUUUCAAUGUUUGCCAGUCAUUGCCACACUCAAGCUCGUCAGUGAAUGUGAAAUGGCCUGAGAAGAAUAUAGCAGACGUGAGAAAGUUAUGGGUGUCGUCUACUGAUACUCAAACAGCCAUUGUAGAAGUGAUCAAUGUAGUAAGAGAUUUGUGGCGGGAUGACUGCCUUGUCUUAAAUAGUUUUCCCUUGACCUCAGAUGUUUGCAUCAACGUUUUAUACAUCAUUGGACAGCUGUUUAGUAUGGUUGGUAUGGUUCCACCAAAACAGACUGCCACACUGCUGUUCUAUGGGUAUCAAAAAUGGACAAUGUCAUUCGAAAAUCGUUUCCAAAAUAUUUGUAAGUCACUGACUGAUGGCAACCAAGAGAACAAAUCCUUUAGUUCUGCUACUAACAAUUGUUGCUAUAAUACAUUUUCCAAAUAUCUGGCAAUUUUGAACUGUGUUCAAUUAAGAAAUGAAGUUGUAGACAUUCUUCAUAACAUUCAGGCAGCACAUCAAAUUGCUGGAAUUACACCAAAUAUGAAUCUGGGUUUUGAGGAUGUUUUUGAUAUUGCUCCUGACCAGAAUAACAAUAUCAUCUGUCAUUCUUGUAAAAUGAAUGGAAGAUGCUUAAUAACUUGUAAAAAACUAAUCAAUGAACUAGAUGAUCUAAAAUCCUUUUUAAAUCAAAUAGUUCUGAGUAAUCCAGAAGACAGUAAAGACAUGACUCUUCAACUUGAUUUUUCUGCGGACAGUCCAAUAAAGCAGAUGCUGGAAAUUGUGCCAAAAUCCUCCAAAGGAUACUCUGAAAUGGAUGUCACACAAUUCUGCUUGAAGCAACUCCUCUCUGCGCAGAUAAAACUUUCUGGAAUUUUUCAGAGAACACUUCAGCUGACAGACGAUGACAUAAGAAGGGGGUCGUGUUUGAAUCUAGACAGUAAUGAAAAUAUUGUCACAAGUUUGAAAGAGUACUCAUGGGCAGAAGCACCUGUGGAGGUAAAAGUUUUAGACUUUGGUAAAGAACUGUGGAUGCAUAUUGAAAACCAUGGAGACUAUCAAAUAGAGUCACUGUUAAGAAUCUGCAGUGCUCUAGAAGAUACUUGGAGAGGGGAAUCUCUAGAAUUAAGGGGAUUCCCAAUGCUCUCUGAGUUCAAUACCAGCAUUAUUUUUUUAUUAGGACACCUAUUUGAUAAGGUAAGAUUUUCUUUCUCUAACUUGGGAAGAAAUUCUAUUUUUUUCUACAGUUUUAAGAGCUACCCUAGGAGUGUAAGAGAUCAUCUUGAGAAAGUUCUCAGUGACUGUUCACUAGCUCAUCAUGAGGCUGUUUUGUCAUUAGUUCCCUUAAAACUAAUAUAUGUCAGUUCUCCUUGUUUAUGCCAGGUGGAGAAUAUUAUGAUAAAGUAAGGGAGUCAAAUAACUGGACUCUACUCAAGCAAUGUGACUACAUGAUCAAGUUCUUAUAUUCAAAAGUGGAAAGUGCCAAGUGUAUGUAGACAUCCAGAAGAUGAAGUUGCGAUCUGAUUUAAUUUAAUUUUACAACAAUAACAGACAAUAAAUUUGUGUUCGUAUCAUA